AGUGAGGUAACUCUGAUGUACGUCUGGUUUAUUUCAGGGGAACUUGUGGUGAGCGAGACCAGCAAUGUCAGAAAAUGCAUUGCUACAGACACAAGUGCUCACGACCUCUAUGGAACCCUACUCUGUACCAACUUCAAGAUCUCUUUUAUCACAAAGGAUGUAGCACAUUUUCAGAAACUUCAGUACAGAAACCUGCUGCUGGAGGAGCAUGACAUUUCCCUUACCUGUGUGGAACAGGUUGUGGCAGUGAAUGCUGCAAAGAAGAAGAGGAAAGUUCUGGGACCCAACCAACACCUGAAGUUUAAACCCACUGAACUGAUCAUUUAUUGCAAGGAUUUCCGCAUCAUCCGGUUCUGCUUCAAUGAGUCAGAUCCACAAUCUGCCCGAAAGAUUUGCCUGGUUAUUGCACAUUACUCACAGCCCAAGGAUCUCCAGCUGCUGUUCGGGUUUGCAUAUGCCAAGGAGCAGUGCCAGAAUUCAGAUGGCGAAGUGAAUGGGGCAGACUUCAGUUGGCAGACACCCCUGUUUGAAACCUAUGCAGACUGGGACAGGGAGAUCAAACGGACAGGGGCUUCAGAGUGGAGAGUCUCUUCUGUCAACGAGCACUAUACCACCUCCACCAGCCUUCCAAAAUACUUUGUUGUUCCAUCAUCUCUGGCAGACGAAGACUUGAAGCAACUGGCUCCUUCUUUCAACGGUGCUCGGAUCCCAGUGUGGUGCUGGCAUCAUUGGACAGGCAGCUCCCUGGUUCGUAUGGCUAACAUUAAACCCGGCAUACAACUGAGAAAGCAUGACACAAGGAUCCUUAAGGCGAUCGCACAGAGUCAUCCACAGAAGAGUGAGAUCUUUAAAUCCGACCUCGAUAAGAGUUUACCAAAAGUAUCGGAGGUGCAGCUCGCUCUUGUCAGGCUAAAGCAGCUGUGCAUUAAUGAUUCAUUUGAAGAAACGGAUGAGAAGUGGCUGUCCUCAUUAGAGAACACUCGGUGGCUGGAGUAUGUCAGACUAUUUCUGAAGCACUCAGCAGAGCUGACACAGUGGAUGGAUAACAAAAAUAUCUCUGUCAUUCUCCAAGAGGAGGAGGGGCGAGACCUGAGCUGCGUGGUUGCCUCUAUCAUGCAGUUACUGCUGGAUCCUCACUUCCGCACCACUCUCGGCUUCCAGAGCCUGAUCCAGAAGGAAUGGGUUGCUGCCGGUUACCGCUUCCUGGACCGAUGUAACCACCUCCACGAUUCGGAGAAGGAUGAGUGUCCACUCUUCUUGCUCUUCCUGGAUUGUGUGUGGCAAUUACUGCAGCAGUUCCCAGCUGCCUUUGAGUUCACUGAGACCUACCUAACUGUGUUAUAUGACAGUUCGAGGAUACCCCUGUUUGGGACCUUCCUUUUCAACAGCCAACACCAACGGAUGCAGCAGAGCCAGGAUUUUGCUGCAAAUGGGAAUCUUCAGUGUGAGGGGAAGAAUCUUGAGUUUCCUUCUGUGUGGAAUUGGUCUCUGCAGUUCACAGCCAAGGAUCUGACUCUCUUCAACAACCCUCUGUACAUCGGCAAAAGUGUCAGCUGUGUGCAGAAUGGGACAAUCAAAUCCUUCAAAAGAGCCAAGAAAAGUUCUUCGUCCUCCAUCUACUCUGUGUACACCGUGAAGAAUGGGCGACUGAGUGACCAGCCUGAUUUCUUCCCACGCAAGAACUCAACGAUACAAAGACCAAGUCUUGACUUGGCAGAGCUGAAUGAGAGCCAUGAUCGACACAUGGAACGCUACUUCAGGGACUGGCUCUCAAAGCCCUUGGACCUGCAUGGACUGCUCUUGCCGUACCUCAGCAGCCCACAUACCCAGUUGUGGAGGCAGUGUUACCUCCGCUGGAUUCCUGAGGCUCAGAUCUCCAAUGGAGGCUUCAUCAGUGCAUUUCACCAGAUAGCAGUACUGGCUAACGACAUUGAAACACUCCAGCAACGCCUUCGACAGUACAGCAGUGACCCCCUGCUCUCAGACUCCCCACAGGACAAAUGCAGGAUGUACUUCCGGGCAGAGGAUUUCACUGAAACACCAGGGAUGCCAGACUAUUUCUCCUCAUCCUUUCCCUUCUCUCCCAUUGGGAAUCUAUGUCGACGCAGCAUUCUGGGAACACCACUGAGCAAAUUCCUGCUAACUGGUGCCAAAAUGUGGCCUUCUACAGAAACUCUGGCCAAUGAAGACUGACUGUCCCAGGGUGAUGGACAUUUGACACCAAAGGUCAGAAGCUAAAUCUAAUCAAACUGAAACUGAGGACCUAUGAAAAUAAUUAUCUUAAAUAUUUGCACAGAGGAAAGGAAUGAGGGAGGAACCACUUACUGUAAAGAUAGGAUGUCUCUCGGGUGUUAAAAAAUCUGCUGAAGUAACCUCUGAGCACAAUUGUAAACAUAACCUGCCUCCUUUUAGUUGGGUGAUAGUGGUUUGAGCACAAGGUUUAAAUCUGGGGCCCAGCCUAAACAAAUUCAAAGUCUGCCUGGCUAGAAUAAGUUUCUCAACAAAAGAAAUCUUGCACUAUUUGUAAACUCACUGGGUGCCUGAAAUACAAAGCAUUUUGCAGCACUAAUAUCCUCUCCCUAGUGGCCACAUGUGCCUGUACAGUUUACAUAAAUUUUAAAAAAUGCUAUUCCUGUAAAAAUUAUUGCUGUAUAUUGAAAAAGAGAAUUUCUAAUCAGGUUGAAUUUGAGUACUGUUCUGUCAAAAUUGUCUGAUCACCAUAGUCCAGAGACAUAGACUUUCUGGAGUUAUAGACCUUCAAGGAACAUUCACCUCGACGUUAUUUUAGCCAGCAGUGCCUCUCAAAGUUUUACUUCUCACAGCAGCUCAUCAAACAGCACAGUGCGUACUGGGACGUUCACAGUUAACGAAUGACACCUGAAAUACAGAACUUUGAACAUUUAACACCAGAGCUUAAGCACUCCAGGAUUGUUCCCAUGACCCUAUGCACUCUGACGUAACACCAUCCCCAGGUACUGACCCUGAUAAACCAAUUCUCCACAAUGUACAGCCCCUGGUGUACUGAUUCUGCCCAGGGUACAGUCUCUGAUGUACCACCUCUCUCGGGGGGUACAGUCCAUAGAGGUAUCAAUUCUCCCUGGGUACAGUGCCUAGAAGUACAGACUAUCCUCACAUUUGAAGCUUAACUCUUGAAACUUUAAGUGCCUGACUUUUGAAAUUCUGACUAUUGUAAACACACUUGUGACAAUGUUUGAUGUAAUUUUUUCCAUGUUGCAUUGUAGCAGUGUGAUUGGGAAGGCAAUGCAACUCUUGAACUGACUACUAAAAGAAUUCCUGUUUGAGUGGCUGAACUUUAGAACUUACAUAGGGAAAUGGUAUCUAAACUAGCUUUUAAAGCAGUCUCAUUAAAGCAGCAAGCUCAGGCUAGCCCUUCUGUGUUGAGAAUAAUCCAGCUGCUGUUCCACAAAAUGGAUAGUAUCUGUUCAUAUGAGGAAAUCUGCAGAUGCUGGAAAUUCAAGCCACACACACAAAAUGCUGGUGGAACUCAGCAGGCCAAGCAGCAUCUAUAGGAAGAAGCACUGUCGACGUUUCGGGCCAAGACCCUUCUUCAGGACUAAAUGAAAGAAAAGAUAGAGAUUUGAAAGUAGAAGGGGGUGGGGUUAAGCUAAGAGGGUCUCACCCUCCCCCCCCCCCUUCUGCUUUCUGCAAGGAUCGCUCCCUACACAACUCCCUUGUCCAUUCAUCCCCCCCCCAUCCCUUCCCACCAAUCUCUCUCCUGGCACUUAUCCUUGUAAGUGAAACAAGUGCUACACCUGCACUUACACUUCCUUCCUCACCACCAUUUGGGGCCCCAGUCUUUCCAGGUGAGGCAACACUUCACCUGUGAGUUGGCUGGUGUGGUAUACUGCGUCCGGUGUGACCUUUUAUAUAUUGGUGAGACUCGACACAGACUGGGAGACCAUUUCGCUGAACACCUAUGCUCUGUCCGCCAGAGAACGCAGGAUCUCCCAGUGGCCACACAUUUUAAUUCCACGUCCCAUUCCCAUUCUGGUUUGAUUAUCCAUGUCCUCCUCAACUAUCAAGAUGAAGCCACACUCAGGUUGGAGGAACAACACCUUAUAUUCCAUCUGGGUAGCCUCCAGCAUGAAUGGCAUGAACAUUGAUUUCUCUAACUUCUGUUAAUGCCCCUCCUCUCCUCCUUGCCCCAUCCCUGAUUUAUUUAUUUUCCCCCCUCCUUUUUCUUCUCUCUGCCCAUCAGUCUUUGCCUGUUCUCCAUCUCCCUCUGGUGCUCCCCUCCCCCUCUCUUUCUCCCUAGGCCUCCCGUCCCAUGAUCCUUUCCUUUCUCCAGCUCUGUAGCCCUUUUGCCAAUCACUUUUCCAGCUCUUAGCUUCACCCCACCCCCUCC